UAGUGAUGCACUCUGGGAUAGCAUAAUGUCGACAUAGCAACCAGGCGACAGAGUAAACUUAGUUUUUUCCUCUUUGCUUCGUUUUUGUUUUGCUGUCGCUUUUGCGCUUUAACCGCUCUCUUUUGUCCCCAACCGGCGUCAUGAAUGCGGCGGUGGUGAAAAAGACCCAGGACACUCUGGGCAAAGUGAUCAGGAAACCGCCGCUGACUGAGAAGCUGCUAAACAAACCUCCGUUUCGAUAUCUCCACGACAUUUUAAGCGAGGUCAUCAGGACCACUGGCUUUUUGAAGGGUCUGUAUGGAGAGAAUGAACUGAAGUCAGAUAACGUCAAGGAGAAAGACGCCAAGAUAGUCUUCCUACAGAAAACAAUAGAUGUGGUGAUGCUGGUGACCGGAGAGCCUUUGGCAGCAAAGCCGGCGCGCAUCGUGGCCGGACAGGAGCCGGAGAAAACCAAUGAACUGCUGCAGGCCAUUGCUAAAUGCUGCCUUAACAAGAUUUCCAGUGAUGAUGCUGUCAAGCAGGUACUCACAGGAGAAAAGGUGGACCUGAAAACCAAAGCCAGCACCUCCAGGUCCCAGGACAAGGAGAACAGGGAAGGACGUGAACGUCCGGUGGACAGAGAGAAAAAGAUUUCAGAGCGCAGUGGAAGCCGUGAGCAGAAAGACCCCGAGCUGAAGGAGCAGGAGGGUCAACGCAGAGACGGAACAAAGGAACGCCAUCGGGACAGGGAGCGCUCCGAUGAACAACACCGCAGUGACCGGGACCACGGCAGGGAACGGGACAAAGACAAGAGCCGGGACAGAGAGCGAGAGCGAGAGCGAGAUAAAGACAGAGACAAAGGUCGAGUCAAGGACAAGGUGAAGAGCAAAGAGAAGGACAAGGAGAGGAGUAAAGAGCGGGACAAGACCAGGGAGAACGACUCGCAGCGAGAGUCGGAAAAAGACAGGGAAAAACGAAAAGAGAGAGAAAAGGAGCGGGAGCGGCGCAAAGACGGGGAGGAGAGGAGGAAGAACGUGGAGAACGGCAGCAGUAAGACCAAAGUGUCGGAGGAACCAGAUCAAAAACCCAGCACUCAGGAGCCCAGUGUUCCAGUCAAACCUGUAACUGCUGCAGAUACAGCUGACAACCAGUCAGACAGUCCAGCCAGAAUUCCCCGGCCUUCGUCUGCCAAAGGGCAGAGGAGACGACCCAAGAUUGGAGGUCAAGAUGCCUCAGACAGUGAGGGAGAUGGAGAAGCACAGUCUGCUGACGCUGCAGGAUUCUCCACUUUGUCUGACGCGACCUCCAGCAACAAACGAUUGGCCCGACCCAGCAGCGCUCGCCCCGCGCCCCCCCGAGUCAAGAGGCAGGAGAGUCACGCUGAUGUGGGCGCCGCUGAGAGACUGUCCAGUGCCAAGUCCUCGGCACCCAUCAUUCUGGAUGGAAAGAAAACGUCCGAGGACGAAGAUGAGCAGUUCCUGGUGGAGGAGGCCGUCCCUCCACCUUCAGAAGCUCCUGACGUGGAACCUGAUCCAGCACGUGAGCUGGACAGUGGAGACAAACAUGGUGGUCUUGUGAAAAAGAUCCUUGAGACCAAGAAGGACUAUGAAGGAUCAUCGUCUUCCCCAAAAUCUAAACCGACCUGGAUGUCAGAAGCAGCCAGGAAGGAGGAGCGGGACAUCGUGACGCGGGACAUCGAGCGACUGCGUUCGUCCAUUCAGACGGUGUGUCGUAACUCCCUGCCUCUGGGUAAGAUCAUCGACUACUUCCAGGAGGACAGGGACGCCAUGCAGGCUGAGUGGCAGACCUGGCAGCAGGAGAACAAGGAGCUGGCCCAGGCCCUGCAGGAGGAGCAGAGAGCGACAGACGUGACCCUGGAUCCUCUCAAGGCAGAACUAACCGAGCUGGAGCAGCAGAUCAAGGAUCAGCAGGACAAAAUCUGUGCUGUGAGAUUCAACAUACUGAAGAAUGAGGAGAAGAUCCAGAGGAUGGUGACCGGAAUUAACUCCUCUUUUAAAACCUGAGAGGUCGGAGGUAAAGAUGAUCCUAGUUGCACUGAAACCUCAGGCACUCCUGAACAGUCUGUCCCCACAGACCAGGAGAGAGACGAGGCCAAACACUUUGACAUGUUGCCAUCAGACCAGAAAACGGAGAAAUGAAUGAAACGAAUGAAUAAAACAGAUCUUCCUUCCUCCCCCACCACACCCCCCCUCCUCACCCCUCUGACUUUUUCACCUUGUUGUCACGGUGCCUUUGUGGAACGCUUGAGUCUAGAGAGUUGGUUAGAAUUUGAAGUGAAUGUGGAUCGGCUGACUUGGCAGCAGCUCGCUCGUGUUCUUGUCACUGUUGUCAGUAGUGUUUGUUUACGGCUGCUGUAGUGCCUUUGGGCUAAAGCACAAGAAUGUUGUCGUGUUGGUGGAAUAUUCAAGACUCACUUCCUGUUUCUGGGGCCGUGUUCAGCUGUCGGAGUUGUGAUUGGUCGACUGAUGAGACAGUCGCAGUUUUUUGUUUUCUUUCGAUGUUGUUUUGAUGCUUUAACUUAUUCUCCCAGUAAUUCCUCAUUAUUCCUUAUCCUAAACCAUGCACCGGAUGAUCUGACUGAAAACCAAACUCACGUCUUUCCUAGUUCAGGCUUCCAUUUCUGAAGCACUGUGUCACUUUUGAGUAGUGGUAAAACAAAAACAAAAAAAAAACAUUUUGAAUAUUUGGAAGCAAAACAGUGUUAAACCUCAUUUCUACUGCGCUUCGCUCUCUUUGCAAAAAUUCAUAAAAAAAAAAAUUAAAAAUAAAAAAAGUUUGCAUCUACACGUAGAGUGCAAAAGGCUUGAGUUUUCUCACAGUGACAGUGUAGAGGUUGUACUGUAGAGUCUGCCAAACCCGUCCUCCUCUGGGGAGGACACGCCGUUUGGACUGAGGACAAGUGUUCGUACUGUAACGGAUUGAAAAGUGAAAUAUUUUUGCUACUUCCUUUUUUUUAGCUCUUAGGAAUCCACACGAGUUUGUUGGAAUUGUACAAGCAAUAGUGAUAACGGGAGGAACCACUGGUCCAGGUCCCUGGGUCAGGCGUGGGGAUGAAGUGCAUUACUGGUCUCACCCAGAAGGGCGGUGCAGUUUACAUUUUGUACGACGUCGUUAGCGCUCAUAUUUCCACGUGCGUCUGUUUGUUAGUUCUCCAGUAGAAUCAUCUCCCAGAGGACAGAGGCUGCUAACUUUGCUGCGAUUACCUGGUUGGACUGUUUAUGUAUGUAUGCAGAUGUGAAUAUAUUUAUGAAUAUAUAUAUAUGUAUGUAUAUAUAUGUAUGUAUGUAUGUAUAUAUAUAUGUAUGUAUGUAUAGAAAUAUAUUUAUUUAUAAAUAUAUAUAUAAUUAUAUAUAUUUAUAAAUAUAUAUGUGAAUAUAUUUACAUAUAUGAAUGUGUGUAUAUACAUAUAUAUAUAUAAAUACAUACCUAUGAAUAUAUAUAUUUGACUAGUAGUAGGAGUCUUAUAAACUACCUUCCCUUUUUUUGACUGACUUCUAAAUGACAACGUUAAUCAUUUCAGUCUUAACCCACAUUAAUAUUCAGUCUAAAUUUAAAUACUUUAAAUAAAAAAAUCUGCUAUUUAUUUAAGAGCUUAAUUAAAAAAAACAAAAAUACUCACUGAAAAUGUUGUAGUCUGACUUAGUUCCAUUCCAAGUCAGUAUUCUGUUGAUUUGACAAAUAUAAAUCCGACUUUGCGCUGCUUGUAUCAUAACCUGACUUUCUUCUCUAAUUGUACAUUUGUAUAUGUGGAGUUUGUAUUACAAAUAUAAAUAUAUAUAUAAUUUUGUAGUGGAGUACAAUAAACGGUGAAAUGAC